AUGGCUCUACUGAUUGGGACCAUAGGGGAAUUCGUUCCGAAGAUGGAGUCUUGGUCGGCGUAUGUUGAACGUUUGGAGCAAUUCUUCGAGGCUAGCGACAUUGGAGCGGAGAAGCAUGUUCCUACAUUGAUAAGUUGCAUGGGCCCAACAACCUAUGGAUUAUUAAGGAAUUUAGUUCAACCGGACGUGCCGAAGGGAAAGACGUACAAGGAUAUUGUGGAUGUACUGAGGAAGCAUUUGGAGCCUAAGCCGUUAAUUAUAGCAGAAAGAUUUCGUUUUAACCGCUGCAGUCAAAAGGCUGAUGAGACUGUGACUAGCUAUGCAGCCGAGCUAAAGCAGUGUGCUGUGCAUUGUGAGUUCGGGGCAUCGUUGGAUGAGGCGCUGCGGGAUCGCUUAGUCAGUGGAAUUCGCAAUGAAGCUUGCCAGCGACGGUUGCUGUCGGAAGCGAACCUGACUUUUGCACGAGCUUUUGAACUUGCUUUGAACAUGGAGACUGCUGAGAAGGACGCACACCAGCUCCGGAAGCAAGAUUCACACGGGGAGCCUGUGCACAAAGUGGAAGCGCGGUCAUUCAACUCAACGGAGAGGAAGUGUUACCGUUGCAAUGGUAAAAAUCACAGUUCAGAAACAUGCCACUUCAAAGAUUCAGCUUGUCACGCCUGCGGUAAAACAGGGCACAUUCAAAGGGCUUGUAAAGGAGGAGUGAACAAAAGACGUCAGGAAAGUUAUGGAAAGAACACGAGAUAUGUGGAGGCAGAAGAGACUGAAUUUCCAAUGUGGACAUUAAAGAGCGACAAGGGCUGCAAACAAGCAUUCAGAACAAGCUUUACAGUGGAUGGUAAAGAAAUUGACAUGGAUAUCGAUACUGGGGCUGCCCAAACAGAACAGCUACCUGUGAUUGUAGCUAAAGGUAGUCGUCCAGCAUUAUGUGGCAGGAACUGGUUAAAGAAGAUAACCUUGGAUUGGAAAGAAAUAAAGCAUAUAAGUGAGAUGCACCAACCAAAAUCAAUUGAAGAAGUGUUGGAAUUACACUCCGAAGUGUUUAAGGAUGAAUUGGGCACUCUGCGUGGCAUUACAGCCAAAAUUCUUGUAAAUCCGGAUAUCAGCCCGAAGUUUUGCAAGAGCCGUCCACUACCGUUUGCCAUGAAGGCAAGAGUGGAUGCUGAGCUAGACCGACUGGAGAAGGCCGGCAUAAUCUCACCCGUUAAACACAGUGAAUGGGCGGCGCCGGUGGUGCCUGUGGUAAAAAAGGACAAUUCAAUUCGGUUGUGUGGCGAUUAUAAAAUAACUGUAAAUCAAGCCACCACCACAGAGACCUACCCACUACCUCGAAUUGAGGAGCUAAUGUCCACACUGAGCGGUGGGAAAUUGUUCUCAAAGCUUGACCUCGCCUCAGCGUACCAGCAGGUCCUUCUAGAGGAGGAUUCGAAGAAACUACUGACCGUCAACACACACCGGGGUCUAUUUGUGUAUAAUAGACUCGCUUUUGGAGUUAGCUCAGCUCCCGCCAUUUUUCAGCGAAUUAUGGAGAACCUCAUGAAAGACCUGGAUGUAGUCGUCUAUUUAGAUGAUUUGUUAAUUACAGGAAAAACUGAACAAGAUCACUUGCAGAAGCUACAAGCAGUGUUGCAGAGACUUCAGGAGAGUGGCUUGAGAGUUAAGAAAGCCAAAUGUGAGUUUGGGAAAAAGCAGAUUGAAUACCUGGGGCAUGUGUUGAACAGCCAAGGCAUCCACCCCUCUCCAGGCAAGGUAAAAGCAAUCAAGGAGGCACCAGCCCCAUCUUGUGUUAAAGAACUGAGAGCUUUUUUGGGGCUAGUUAAUUACUACGGGCGAUUCGUGCCUAACCAAAGCACAGUGCUAGCUCCUCUCUAUAGGCUGUUAAAAGACCAGGUGGAAUGGGAGUGGAAGAGGCCUGAGCAAGGAGCCUUUGACAAGUGCAAGGAGUUGCUAAUCAGUGACAAGGUACUUGUGCACUAUGACCCUGAUCUACCACUCACCCUAGCUUGCGAUUCUUCAGCCUAUGGAAUAGGUGCUGUCAUUCAACAUGAGAUGCCAUCGGGAAAGAAACGUCCAAUUGCUUACGCAUCAAGGACGCUCGCCCCUGCUGAGAAAAAAUACUCUCAGAUUGAGAAAGAAGGACUGUCAUUGAUAUUCGGAGUAAAAAAGUUCCAUCAAUACUUAUGGGGAAGGAAAUUCAAACUCGUGACAGAUCAUAAACCCUUGCUGACUCUGUUUGGAGAACACAAGAGUCUACCCACUAUGGCAGCAGCUCGAAUUCAAAGAUGGGCGAUCAUUCUCUCAGCAUAUGACUACAGCAUUGAGUACUGUGCGUCAGAGAAACACAGCAAUGCAGAUGGACUUUCAAGAGUACCUUUGCCUGACACGGGCGAGGCGCGCACAUCCCGUACGGACAAUGUGCUGUCCAAGGUUCUCAGAUAUGUUAUGACUGGAUGGCCUAAUGAUGUGGACCAAAGUCUGAAAGCCUUCCACACACGCAAAUGUGAACUGUCAGUUGAGCGUGGAUGUGUGCUUUGGGGCACUAGAGUAGUGUUACCUGAAAAACUGAGAAAGACUGUGUUGAAACAAUUGCAUUCUGGUCAUCAGGGUGUUUUUAAGAUGAAAGCCCUGGCACGCAAAUACGUUUGGUGGCCUAAGAUUGAUUCCGAUGUGGAGCAGAUAUGCAAAGUCUGUGAGAGUUUCCAGAUGGAGCAACGGAUGCCUCGACAGGUACCAUUGCAUCCAUGGGAGUUUCCAGGUCAGAGCUGGAGAAGACUGCAUAUAGACUUUGCCGGCCCUUUCUUAGGGCACACCUUCAUGAUAGUGGUGGAUGCGUAUUCUAAGUGGCUGGAGGUGUUCAGAAUGCCAAGCCUCACCUCACAAGCCACCAUCACUAGACUAAGGAGACUGUUUGCAGCAUACGGUCUUCCUGAGCACGUUGUCACUGACAACGGGACACAAUUCACAUCAGAGGAAUUCAAGAACUUCAUGCGUCAGAAUGGAAUUCUGCACUCAACGAGCGCCCCUGGCCACCCUGCCAGCAAUGGCCUCGCCGAAAGGUAUGUACAGACAUUUAAGAGUGGUAUGAAAAAGCUUGGACAGACCACUAUGGACAUAGAGGACAAGAUCUCUGUGUUCCUGAUGCAGAACCGCUGUACUCCAAAUUGUACCACAGGUCAGUCGCCUGCGGACUUAUUCUUGAACAGACAUAUGCGUACUCGCUUGGACCUGAUUGUUCCUGACUCCGCGGUUACUGUGCGCAAGAAGCAAUAUAUGCAAAAGUUCUAUCACGAUCAACGUGCAGUAAACAGGUCUUUUACUCUGGAUGACCCUGUAUAUCUACAGAAUACAGCGGGGGGAAGAGAAAAGUGGAUUCCGGGUGUCAUAGCCGAGCAAACUGGACCAGUGUCCUACAAAGUGCAAGGGACAGACAGUGACGGCACCUACAGGAGGCAAGGUGAUCAAUUGAGAGCCCGUGUCCCAACCGAUGACCUAGAUUUGAAUACGGACUGUACCACCACUGGCCCCGAUGUGAUCCAGGAUGACAAUCCAGCACAGAAUGCCAAGCCCGUGCAAAUGGACAAUGCAGAGAUGCAAGCGGUACCUCAAACUCUUCGCCGCUCAGCCAGAGAAAGGAAGCCACCUGAGCGCUAUGAACCUUAA